UAUCACCACCUCAUAUAGUGGUACUCUCACUCAAAAUUUGCCACAAGGAGACUCUUGCUGCAGCGAGCACUUCUAGCUUGAACGCUCCUCUACUACAAGGAGACUCUUCUCCGACCUAGCCCAAGUCCGUACAGAAACGACACCGCUUCAACGAUGAAGAAAACUAAACUGUGCUGCAGAAACAGAGCCCCAAAUGAUGAAGAAGGAGAAGAAGAGCACGAUCAGAAACCCUACAUUCUGCAAUUGCCAGACCACUUAAUGGUGCAGAUCUUCUGCAAAAUCACAACCAAAACGCUCAUUCAAUGCAAGCGUGUGUGCAAGUCUUGGCGUUGUUGGCUUGCAGACCCUCAAUUCACCAGAGACCUACUUUCACGAACGCCCGCUUCCCUUUUGGUGUCUGGCUUCCGCACACCCACAUCCAAGGACACUGGGCACUUCUUCAUCGACCUCGACAGGGCUUCGACCCUGAACCGGGCUUCGAGCGACGUCGUGUUGAAGCUUUUCAGUAUAAAGCCAAAUGUCCAGAGUAGUAGGGGUAUACACAUUGUGGGUUCCUGCAAUGGCUUCCUCUGCCACGAGUUGCUUUCUGAAGUCAGCAACCAACUAUACAUAUCUAAUCCCGUGACGGGUGAGUCUUUAACUCUUCCAGAACCCACUAAUCCUUGUAGAACUUCUCCUGGUAAGUACGGAUUUGGGUUUAGUCCCAUCAGUAAUGUGUAUAAAGUAGUCCGGCUUAUGUCUCCAAUCAAAGGGUCUGAGGAGCAAGCAAUGGUUUUAAAUGUGGGGUCUGGGAUUUGGAGAGACAUUGGGGGCUCUGUCAACUCUUUUGGUAUAACUGAUGAUGGGAUUUAUCUCAAAGGGUUUCUUCAUUGGAUUGGUCGGCGGCGUAGUGAGGGUUCUCUUUUGAUAUGUGCCUUCGACAUUGAAAGCGAGCACUUCCGAGAGUUGCCACUACCGCCUUGUUCUUUGGACCUGAAAAAAACUCGUGUUAAACUUGGAGUGUUGAAAGGUUGGCUCUGCCUCAUUAUUAGCUCCAGAGUUAAAAUCAAUGUUUGGGUGAUGAAGGAUUAUGGUGUGAAGGAGUCUUGGACUAAAGAGCAUGAAAUUAGAGACCCACUUGGUUGUUUUGGUACUGAAAUAUUGAAAUUUACUGGGAAAGGGAAAGUCUUGGUGUUACAUUUGUCUCACUUGCACGCUUAUACUCCGGCAACAAUGGGACUUGUGUGGGUUGAGGUUGAUGAGUUACCUGCAAUGGUUGUGGAGGCAUGGGACCUUAUUCCAAGCUUUGUUUCACUUAAAGAUAUUACCAAAGGGUUAGAGCUCCCAGCGGGGGUUUCGCAGACAAUGUAGAAUCACAGUCAUACAUUAUUUAGCUCUGCUGGUGUUUGUUGAUGCUAAUCAAAGUGAGUGUAGGUAAAAGAACGGUAGUUCUUCAUGCUUGGGACAGUAUGACAUGGUAAUAGUUUAUGAGGAAGAUGCUUCAGCUCAUGAUGUUGGGGUUAUUUUACUUGAAUGUAUUUUUGAGUUUACCACUUUGUUUAAAUUCGAACAGAUCAGACGUGGUGUGUUAUUGCAGGCGUGAGACUGAUGGACAAAUGAAGAUUCACAUUUGAAGCGUGUA